AUGCCCGCUGAGGGUGUUCCCCCUCCUCCCUCCUCCCCUCUGUCGCCUCUGCUGCUGCUGUCGACCUUCUUGGUACUGAGCAAGUCGGCUCUGCGUCCGCUCCCAGCGGGCGCCGCAGCGGCAAGGGCAGGGGAGGCAAGGGCGGUGGGGGUGACGGCGGGGGAGGCGGUGGUGGGGGUGGUGGCAGCGGCGGGGGCGGUGGCGGGGCUGGAGGGGCUAGUGGCAGCGGUGGGGGUGGUGGAGGCAGCGGCGGCGGCGGUGGCCGCGGUGGGGGCGGUGGUGGUGGCGGCAGUGGACGUGGCGGCGGCAGGGGCGGUGGUGGUCGUGGUGGAGGCGGCGGUGGUGGUCGUGGAGGCUCUGGCACUGGCCAGAGUGCGCAGCACCCUCAGUCCUCCCAGGAGCUUCGUGAGUGGUACUUACAGCACGGGGGUGGGGGGGUAG